AUGGCCCUCCCGUCCCACCACUCCUACCCUCCUCCGCCGCCGCUGAACAACCACCACGCGCCUAUCCAUAUGCCGUCCUUUCAGCAGCAGCAAAGCGCCACCCCAGCUCCUGCCGGGGGUGACUCCGCAACCGACCGCGCCAGAGCAUACAAGUCACGCAACAAGAGGCCAUGCGACUUUUGUCGUUACAAGAAAGCCGCCUGCCACUUGGAGAGUGCGCCUCCCUGCGAGUUGUGCAUUCGCUACAACAAGGAGUGUACGUUUGUGGAAUCGCCCGCGAAGCGCAGAAGACCCAACGAGCAGAACGGAGACGUACACAAAGAUGGGGUCUUCAAGCAUUCAAGCAGCAACAGUGUGGAUGCCACUCCAUUCGGAAACGGCGGCAUGGGAAGUAUGGACAUGCAGCAGGAUAUCAUGCCCUGGGAGAGCAACAUGACUCCGUUUCAGAUGCCCAGCAUGUCUCUCCAAGGCAGCAUGGCUCCAGACUUUCCGUUCGAUCCCCAGCUGUACCAAGAACCGGUCCAUUUCGACACCUUCGAGCCUAUGUCUGCUUCUACGACCGGCAAUGCGUUCCCCGAAUUUCACCACAACAAUCACAAUCGAUCGUCCAUAGACACGACAUCUCCACAAUCGCAAGACGCAGUCCUUCCCACGAACCUGCAGCUACCUUUCGAUUCGACCAGCGGCGAGCCAUCUCUGGAUCGCCAAAACUCCUCCAACGCGCAAAUGGUUGGGUUGAGUGGAGAGUCAGACCCAUACCUACUUUCCAAGUACCGAUUCGACGAAUACAACGAAGCUUCUUUCCAGUCAAUACGCAUGCGCAAGAUGAGCAGUGGUCCAGCCGACAACGACAGCAGUAUUCCAACCUUUUUCAUGAUCCAGCACAACGCCUUGGCCUCGAAAGCGCAGCCGCUGGACAGAUCUGAGACGAGCGAAAGAUGGCGACGAGAACUCGAGGACAUCGUGGGCGAUGACAUAGGGAAGCGUCUCAUUCGAUUGUUCUACAAGUAUGUACAGCCAUACUUCCCGAUUCUGAGUCGCGAAGGUGGUGAAAGAGAUGUAACUGGGGUCAAAGAGCCUCGAGAGGUGCCGCCGUGCGUCUUGGCUGCGAUAUACGGUCACGCUCUGCCCUUUUGUGCUUGGGAUGAGAAGCUGUGUGUGGAAGUGUACACUCCACCGUCCGCGGAUGCUCUCUUCAAGAUUGCGUGGCAGUCGUGUCAAUCGCUGCUUCACACACCAAAUAUCGCGGUGAUGCAGACUUUACUGCUCCUCGUGCAGCGGCGACCAACCAACAGGCAUGUGAGCGACACUCCAUUCAAAUGGGUCAUGAUGACCACGGCAGUCAGCAUUGCGCAAGCGCUAGGUCUUAACCGAGAUCCUACAGAUUGGCCGAUUCCUUCGUGGGAGAUCAAGCAGCGCAAGCGACUCGCCUGGGCGACGUUCAUUCAGGACAAGUGGUUGGCUCUCAACUUUGGACGAAGCAGUCACAUUCAGGCAGAUGACUGGGAUGUACCGCCAUUGACUGAAGAAGACUUCCCUGAGGCAGACCGCAAGGUUGAUGACUUUGGGGAAGGCAAGGCCGAUUUUACUGCACACCACUUCAUCAAGCUGUGUGAGCUUACAGUAAUUGUGGAUGAUAUCUUGAAAGAUCUCUUCAGCCUCAGGGCCACGCGGCAGCUGCACGCCAGUCUGGAGGCGACGCUUGAAGUUGCAAAGCCGUUGCGAAUUCGGCUGACCGAGUGGUAUCAGAUGCUACCAACCGGACUGCUUCCAAAUCAGCCCAACGGUACAUCCUCCAUUGGCUCGCCUGAUAGCGGUCGACGAAGGUCGAUGCAGCUUGAACUAGACGGAGGUGGCUCCCUGCAACUCGCAUACAUAACCGCCAAGAUCGAACUUUUCCGCGCAAUGCUGAGGCCUAGGGUCACGGAUGCCAAUGCUGCGGCUGUCACUGCGUUGCGGACUGGUGCACUAGCUGUCGCUAAGGAGAUUUCAGAGUUCUUGGAAAGCUUGAACGCACGAGAGUUGGAGGCCUUCUGGGCCAGCUAUUCCCGCACCAACUUCACGAUCGCAUCGUCCUUCAUGCUCCAACUCUUCGUCACCUCGCCGAUGGUGACCGAUGCGAAAGAGUGCCUCGCCCUGCUCAACGCCUGGCGAAGUCUACUCAGAAUCAAGAGCCGAAGCUGCGACCUACUGAACCUUGCCUUGCUUCGUCUGGACGCUGUGUUCGUUUCUGGCAUACAGAGUCUGAUAGAGUUGAGUCCUGCGGCGCAGCAGGCUUGUGCGGAAGCUGGGCAGGUGAAGUGA